ACAUAAAACGGUUUUAAGUGUUAUAUUUAUAUCUUAAAUUUAACAAGCUUGCAUCGAAGGCCAGUCUUGAAGCCCAUAUUAUUACUUUUUUGAUCUUAACAAAUUUUUUUAAAAUAAGAAAAUUCGAUUUUGCUUAGUCUCUUGGGCUCUUUUUUCUUUUCAUGUGCACCUGUUUGGCUUCUCCAGCACAAUAAAAGGAAAUAAAUAAGUCAAACAUUCGCUGUACUCACAAUGUUAUUAAUAUCAAAGAGUUUGCUUCUAUUUCGGUUAAUUUACUGUGCUUCAAGUAUCCCCCCCGUUAUCAGAGUAGGAGCAAUAUUUCCUAAGCAACCAGUCAAAUAUAAUUCUGAGUUGGCAUUUCGGUACGCGAUUCAUAGAUUAAAUGAUGACAAAAGUCUAUUACCAGAAACAAUCGUUGACUACGAAGUGGAAUAUGUAAGCCACCUUGACUCGUUUGAGACUGUUCGAAAAGUGUGCAAUUUGCUACGAGUUGGUGUCCAAGCUGUUUUUAGUCCAACUGAUUCCGUUUUGGCAGCGCAUAUACAUUCGAUAUGCGAUGCUUUGGAUAUUCCCAAUAUAGGUCGUAGCGCCCAUGAUUUUUCCAUUAAUGUUUAUCCAUCUAAGAAAUAUGUGAAUCAGGCCUUCAUUGAUGUCAUACGCUACCUAAACUGGACACGAUUUGGCAUCUUACAUGAAAGAGAAUAUGGAAUUAUAGAUUUACAUCAAAUCGCGCGCUCUGUUCAAGCGGAAGUCCACAUGCGACAAGUAUCUCGAGGCUCAUACCUUUCUGUAUUGAACGAUUUUAAGAACAAAGAAAUACAUAAUGUUAUAAUUGAUACAAGCUCUGAUGGCAUAUCAAUUUUAUUAAAAAACAUAUUACAACAACAAAUGAAUGAAUAUAAAUACCAUUAUUUUUUUACCAGUUUCGAUCUGGAAACCUAUGAUAUGGAAGACUUUAAAUAUAAUUUUGUGAAUAUAACAUCAUUUCGUUUGGUGGACAUAGGUGAUGUGGCUGUUAAACAAAUUUUAAAAGACAUUAAGAACUACGGCCAUCAUAUAUACCAAUCGCCAGAUUUCAGCCAACAUUCAAGAAAAUCCUUUUCCUUCGAGUCCGAACCAGCUUUAAUGUACGAUUCCGUUUUCGUAUUUGCUAUGGGUUUGCAGACAUUGGAACAAUCACAUAUUUUGGAUAUAUAUAAUGUGACCUGCGAUGAGGAAAUACCAUGGAACGGUGGCUUGAGCCUUAUUAAUUACUUAAAUGCGGUUGAAUGGAAAGGUCUGACAGGACCCAUUCAGUUUAAAGAAGGACAGCGAAUUCAGUUCAAAUUAGACUUGAUAAAAUUAAAGCAACACUCGAUAGUUAAAGUUGGCGAAUGGACGCCCCAUGGACACCUCAAUAUAACCGAUCCAUCAAUGUUUUUUGAUUCCGGCUCCAUGAAUGUAACACUUGUUGUCAUAACUAUAUUGGAAACGCCGUAUGUAAUGAUGCAUUAUGGAAAAAAUUUUACGGGCAACGAAAGAUUCUAUGGAUUCUGCGUAGAUAUUUUGGAAACAAUUUCACAUGAGGUCGGUUUUGGAUAUAUUUUAGAUUUGGUUCCCGAUCGCAAAUACGGAGCCAAAGAUCCAGAGUCUGGUGAAUGGAAUGGAAUGGUUGCACAGUUAAUGCAAUACAAAGCGGACUUGGCUGUGGGCUCAAUGACUAUUACCUAUGCGAGAGAGAGUGUUAUUGAUUUCACUAAACCUUUUAUGAAUCUGGGAAUAAGCAUAUUAUUUAAGGUUCCUACUUCAGAGCCAACCCGAUUAUUUUCAUUUAUGAAUCCUUUGGCUAUAGAAAUUUGGAUUUAUGUACUGAUGGCAUAUUUCCUCGUGUCCAUUUGUAUAUAUUUGGUCGGGAAGUUAUCACCCAUCGAGUGGAAAUACAUAAAUCCCUGCGAUUUAAAUAACAUUACGAUCGGUAAUCAGUUUACAUUGUCGGAUAGUUUCUGGUUUACAAUUGGAACGUUAAUGCAGCAGUCACCCGAUAUAUAUCCGAGAGCGAUCUCGACACGUAUAAUUAGUAGUAUUUGGGGAUUCUUCUCGUUAAUUAUUGUAGCCUCAUAUACCGCCAAUUUGGCGGCAUUUUUAACCACUGAACGCAUGAUUAAUCCCAUAGAAAACGCCGAGGAUCUGGCCAGUCAAACAGAGAUAUCAUAUGGAACUUUGGAUAGUGGCUCUACGAUGACGUUCUUUCGGGACUCCAUGAUUGAGACAUAUAAAAAAAUGUGGCGGAGCAUGGACAACAAAAAGCCAUCGGCAUUUACGACUACAUAUGAAGACGGAAUUCGCAGGGUUAACCAGGGCAAUUACGCCUAUCUGAUGGAAUCCACAAUGCUUGAUUAUAUCGUUCAGCGAGAUUGUAAUUUGACACAAAUUGGGGGUUUGCUAGAUACCAAAGGAUAUGGAAUUGCUACACCAAAAGGAUCGCCCUGGCGAGAUAAGAUUUCGUUAGCCAUACUGGAGCUUCAGGAAAAAGGCGAGAUUCAAAUGCUGUACGAUAAAUGGUGGAAGAACACAGAUGAGACUUGUACCAGGAAGAGCCCAAGCAAACAAUCAAAAGCCAAUGCCCUGGGACUCGAGAGCAUAGGUGGCGUGUUUGUCGUGCUAUUUGCUGGCAUUAUUGUUGCCGUCGCUGUUGCUCUUUUUGAGUUUUGGUUUAAUUUUCGAUAUAACUACAAAGCGAAGCCUUUAUCUUUUUCUAACUCGUUGCCGCCGGAUGCUAGAAUCGUUUUAGAAACUAAUGAAAGAACAUAUUUACAACCGAAACGCUGCUUCUGGAUAGAGAUAUUUGAAGAGCUACGUUAUGCAUCGUGGUGUCUGAACAAGCCUAAAAGACCAGAGCUAAAUAGAGUGUGUAGUAAAUGUAAGAUAACGUCAAAGCCAAUUAUAUAGCGCUUUAUUUACGAUGCAUGUGUGUUAAUUGUGUAACUAUCUUUUUGAUUGAUUUGUUGGUAACCCUGGAAUAAAUGUGUGUCCUCCACCAAUUAAACACUUAAAGGAAACGGUCCAAAGUCCCACAAGCAUACUCCCGGUGAAAGUAGAUUAAUCGAUUUUGCAAAGACUCAUUUAAUUUCGCGUAAGAUUGACAAUGCGUCCUGCAGUAGUUAAACACUAGAAUUCAUUAGGGGUGGGGGGGGGUAAGGUAUUUAAUUUUUUUUUCGCAAAUUUUUUUUUAUUUUUUAUUUUGAAAGUUAAACAUGUUAAGAAUAUUAUGUCGAAGUUUUACAUCGAUUAUAGUAAAAUUGACGAAGUUAUGCG